GGGAUAUUAAGUGCACCGAACCCCAAACACAAGAAAAUGGAGGAUUGAUAUUCUUCGAAAUGACAACAAAAACAACUGCUAUACGAUAACAAAAGGUGGGAGAGAAUUUCACCUGACAUGGAGUCUCCCCCAACAGAGUCGCCUCCCUUAGCUUGGCCAGCCACCCAAUUCAUCACAAAAACUGAGGAAGGAACUGUCUCGCUAAGUGAGGAUGGCAAGGGGGACAACUCUGCUUCCCCCUGUGUCAGUGGCACGCCAGUCACUACAGAGUCUGUAGAAGCUCAGGCAGAGGCCCUGGUAGAACAAACCAUAGCUCUGACAGGAACUCCAGAUGCCUGGGGUCCAGAAGAAGUUGAGGUUGUUUCCAUGGAUACCAGUUCAUCAGCUCCCACCCCAGUACCAGGUGUGUGUGACCCGGUGACCUCUUCUGACCCUGACAUCCUGGUGGAGGGCGCAUCGCCUCUGUUCCUAGGGGAGAGAGCUGAACCACUGGCCGACUCCUUAGCUAACUCUCAACCUCUGUUCCUCACAGACUUGACCUCUGACCCCACUCCUCUCACAGACAACUUUCGUUCUUACAUGGACCAUCUCUCUCACUUGUCACAGGAUCAUGACAGCUGGGACUGGGAUCAAGGUCAAGGCCCAUCGCGGGGUCAUCAGGGUCAAAGGGCAUUCCCACAAGCCUCGCCCCCAAACGGGGACUCGACAGAAGCGCGAUGUAGUAAAAAAGACAAACCUAAAGCAGUGAAAAGCUCUCACAAACAGACAGAUCGCCAUGACACUAGUGACCGUGGUCGGUCAAUAGGUGAACGGUCAGACAUUAUGGACUCACUAAACCCUUACUCUCUGUUCAAUUUACCAGCGCCAGGGCCUGAACCCGUGUGGGGGCGACUGGCUUACCGGGGUCGGCGCGAUCCCGGGGAUACCUCCGGUAUGAUGAGUGCCUUCUUUCCCCCUAACCCCUCCCGUCGGGCCCAAACUCGGGGCUGUAAUCACCGGCCCCUCCCCAUCCCUCCAACAUCUGGGGCCACACAGCCCUGCGACACAUUCCCUAGUCUUCCUACCCCAGGAGCCCAGGUGGAGGGCUGGUGCUGUCGUCAUGGUGACGCAGUGUCCAUGCUCAACCAAUCCUGUAAUCACCCUGAAUGUGGUUACCAUGGUGACAUACAGCCUACAGAUCUCACCCAAUCAGGAAGGCAGCAGAUAGCUCGCUCAGACCGGUCGUCUUGGCACGAGCCAGUCAGAAUGACAAGGUCAGGAGAACCUAGGCCAAAACCCAGACAAGUGUCUAAGACAUUAACAACAAUCCCCAGUGAUACGAAUGAAGAAGUUGAGUGUCACAAUUCCCGACAAGACAUGGAUCGCCACAAUGAACAGGAUAUGUCAAGGGACACAACUCCUGUUCCCAGAGAGGUCACGCCAACAAGAAUCACACAAAGGGAGUAUGUGGCCCAUAUGGAGACCGAGAAUACAGAUGUCAAAAAUCCUAAUUCAGGGGAAACAGAGAAAUUGGACGACAGUAUUGACCUGACAGUACAGGAUGGCACCGCCCCCAGGGCAGAUAGUGCCACACCCACAGGCCUUGUAGUUGAAGACGUAGAACUAUCAUCAGGGUCUGAGGAUAGUGACGUGGAGGUCGUCCGGGUCGAAACAAGGAGAGGGAGAGGACGAGGUGACUCGGGUCGAGCUGCGACGGUCGUUGUGGAUCUCACAGAGUCGGAUGAUGAGAGAGGAAGCAGCCAAUCACAGGCGCCCAGUGACAGUCAGACUAGCUCUGUCUUCCCACCCUGUCUCCAUGACAGCAGACAAGUGUCGUCAGGUCACGCAGGCACCGCCGACGUACGUCCCACCAGUGAUGUGGGUCCCGACAUGUUCCAGCACAUUCCACACUUUAGGGGACAACCUCCCCCAGCCCACAUCCACAACUUUGGAAAUGGUAUCCGCAUCGCCCACAACUGUCACUCAAACGAUGGCCACGCCCCCUGUACCAAUCACUCCUGUCAGCAGCGUCGGCAUCACCACAUGGUCAACUGUCCGGACCGGUCAGCCUGUGGUUUCCAUGACCAUAGCCACUGUAGUCAUGGUACUAUUGGUCGUCAAGGAUACAGCAGAGGACACCCCCAUUACUAUUCCCAUGGAAACUGUUCCCAUAGUGGAGGAAGCAGCCAUCCCCAUGUGCAUCACCCGACCCCCCACCCCACGCCUCACCAGCCACCCCACCCGCCCCACACCCCACAUCCCCCUCGCGCCCAUAUCCAUCACCACCACUAUCACACAGCGCCCUUCACCAUGUCCCCAGGCGUCCUUCCGAUGUUGUUACCGCAGCAACCAUUUACCCCUCAGACCUUCAGCGACCUCACUGCCCACCAUAUCGAGGGACCCCCACUGUUCCAGGCUAGUAACCAUGGAAACCCUGCGUGUAUCCAGGGUACCGCUCACCCUGGUAACCCGGCCUGCAUGCAGAACUCGCCCAACCCUCUGAUGGCAUGGCCAGGACUACGACCCCAAGGCGCAACACAGGAUCAUGGGGCAACGUCAUCGGCUGGUCCUGACAUCAGGACGCCAUGCUCACAGACCCAGAUGCCUCCGGGAUCGUUGCCACAGCCCAUGAAUGGGGCUUGCCCAUUCCCACCUGGUAUUGGAGGACAGAGCCACCUCCACCUCUCCACCAUAAAUGGACCGGCCCACUUCCCUCAGCAUCACCACCUUCAUCACCACCUGCAUCACUAUCACCAUGGCAACCCAGCUGCCCCUCGGUUACAACACUUUUCAAUACCUACACUCCAUCCUGAACUCAUGUCACAAGGACCCAGUAUACAUCAGUUUUCAUUCCCUGGUCCAAUCCCAGGUUUCCAUAGAAACAUGCAAAUGAGACUUGGCAGGAUGAUGUUACAUCAUAGGCCAAUGUAUGAGGAAUUUUUAAGUCUGGAGGAAAGACUAGGAAAUAUUAAUCGUGGAGCAACGAAGGAAGUCAUUGAGCAGAAUACGCUGCCUCAUAAGUAUCACAGGAUCAAGCGAGAUGCGGACGGAGAUGAUGAACAGCCUGAGAAGUGUACCAUCUGUCUAAGUGAAUUCGAGGAGGCAGAAGAUGUCCGACGCCUGCCAUGUAUGCACUUGUUCCACAUCGAAUGUGUCGACCAAUGGCUUACCUCUAACAAGAAGUGUCCGAUAUGUCGGGUUGAUAUUGAGGCAGGGUCAAAAGGUCAAAUCUCCUCACAGAACUGAUAGAAGAUGGCUAGUCACCUGCUCAACAUUCUCUGUUCUGGUGGAAGUUUGUGGGAAAAGUUACAACAUUGUCUUGUGUUGUAUUUGUGAGAUAACAGGGUGUUAUGAGUAUGUAGGCUCCCGUGAUGGAGAAAAUUUUAAUCAUGUGAUCGCUUGCUUUAAUGUUGAUUGGACAGUUAGUCAGCACGGAGUUCAAGAGGUUAAAAACUCAGGGCUGGUUGAUAUUAAGUGGUUGAUAAAGGUCAAAACCUCAGGAAAGACAAAGGUCAAGGUCAUCAGUCAAUAUUCUCAGGACUAUUAUGGUCUGCGGGGCUGGCCUCCUGCAGUUGUCAUGGUGACCAAGGAAAAACAGCACAGGGAGAUAACUCUUCAUCCAGCUACAAUGUGUGAUGCUGAGUAAACAAAAUGCUUCCUAGAGGAUUACUAAUGCAUAUAUACAUAGUAACCAGUGCUAAAGUUAAGAUGUCAACAAAAAUUCACUGCAGCAUAAUAGAGUGAUUCUAACUUAACGGGGAAAAUAUUCCCACCUCACGCUGUCACCACAGAGAUUUGGGGCCUGUUCGUUUAUGCAGACAAACCGUAAUUUUUUUAAAUGUGAUAUUUCACUCAUAUAUCUAGACAGACCUUUAAAAGGUUAAUACAGACUUUGGAAGUCUUUGUCAAGGCUCGUCUGAAAACAAUAUAAAAUCACCAGGUCCAUCUUUAUUUCAUAAACGAACAACACCGGUCCAACUGUUCCAACCGUUUGGACGGCAAAAACGAAAACGGCAUUCGUUUUGGUUUUGUAAAGGUCUCAUACACUUAGUCGACACGUAUGGCCGUCGUGGCAAAAAUAAUUUGUACAAAGCCGCAAUCUUUUUUGCUAUCUCUCGCUGGUUCUAUAGCAAUGCUGGUGGUGUUCUGCCGUGGUUAUUUUGAUGUUAAAGGUCAGUAACUAAAGGUUGAAGGUCAGAGGUCAACAAUCAUGUGUGCUAUUAUAUUUUUAUGCCUUUUAACUUAAGACUUGUAAGAUAUGAUUAUGUGCUAUUAUUGUGCUAUUAAUGUAUUAUAUACAGUUUGUUAUAUACAAUCAUGGUCACAUGGCCUUGUCACAUGAUUUGAGUGUGAGUGUGUAUAGGUCACAUGACAGUAUGGGUAUCACAUGACCUUAGCAGCAGCGUAAUCAAUAUUGUGAUUUGUGUGAUAUUAAUGGUUUAAAAAUUUUUACAUAAAAAUUGUAUUUAAAAAUUUCACAGUACAGAGUACUGAUAUUUUAUUUAAUAUGUAUGCAAAUUGUAUUUUUUUUUCAACAAUAUUUCAAUGACAUCGAAAUUCAGGGAAAUGUUUUGAAUGAAACAUUAUGAUAUGGAUUUUCUAGUUUGCUUUUUAGCAUGGAACCCUGUUAGCAUGGCUAUUCAGACUUGUGAGUACUGUGUCAAAAUAUUUCAAAAAGUUUCAAGAGUCAAAUUUCAAAUUUUUUAAAUUGUAUUCUGACUGAUCUUUUGACACAAGGCACUGAAUGUGGCGCUGUUAUCACGAAAGUUGUCAUCGCGUCAUGGUCCUAGAUCGGAUGGCAGUGACUAACAUGGUUCCUGGCUACUCAAAGUUAAAUGUACGAGGUGUAAAGGUCUCUAAUACUAGACACAGGUGUGACAAUCAUAACGUUGCGUGACGUCACAGUGAAUUUAAAAGGGCUUGUGAGAAGGUGAGAAAGCGUCAUGUGACUGGCCGAGAGGCAGGUUUUGUGGCCCUAGAGAUGUAUGGGUAUAAACCCGGUCAGGAGACUAUCUCUGUGACCAGAGAUAAGACUUGUAUCGUGUCAGUGGUCAGUUAAUGAAUUGCCUUGUCUCUGUGGCCAAGAACAAAUCUUUAGAGACCAUUAAUCUCUAUGUGUUGUAUUUGUAUUGCCAGACACAAGACUGUAUCUCAUUUUUAUGACCUUGAUACGAGACAUGUCUCAUUUCUGGCAAGGAACAAAGCCUGUUCCAUCUUUAAGCUGGGAGUAUGCUAACCCGCCGCUAUUUACUCACUUUAUUUACUAGUCAAUUAGUAGUUUCCAAGUAUGUUGUGCUUUUGAAUGAAUUUAAGUGAAUUUGUGCAAUUUUUUAAUUGAUUUUUUAUGGAAAUAAGCUGGCUUUAUAUUAUAUACAUUAAUGUGAUUUUAUAUCUGUUAUUCCCCAAAGGCCACGAUAGACUGGUCCAGAGUGACUGUAGACUGGUCCAAUGCGUAUAUUUAGGGUUGAUGGGGUAGGCAAUGCAGCCAAAGAAAGCUUUCCAGAACUAAUAUCAUUAAACGUUUUACAUAUAUAAUCUGUGUCACAAGAAUGUUUUAACAUUGUAUCUGCAUCACCAGAAUGUUUUAGCUUUGUAAUCCGAGUCCUUACAAUGUUUAAAGUGUAGAAUUCUGGAUUUUUUUCUUCUUGUUUAUUGAAUUAAUUUUGUAAAGGACUGUGUUUUACCAAGAUCUCUGUCAGAUUGGCUUCUUAUUAUAUCCAUUUAGAGGUGCAGAAUUAGAUAUUUACAUGUGCAUGUAAACCUAAAGCCCUGCUUUAAAGGAAAUAAUACUCUCAGUUGUUUUAUUCACUCUAGAAUGUACAAUAUCUAAAAAAAAAUGAAGUCCUGAAAACUAACAAAAUUUUCUUUACCCAUUUUUCAAAUAAAUAACUACCAUAACUUCCUCAUUUCCUCAUAGAAAUCAUUAAUGAGUUUUUUUUUCAAAAUAGUGGUCGAACACUUGGAGCUUAAUACUGUGAGGAGCUAGUUUGAAUAUUGCAGUCGUCUGAAGAGUAAUGAUUUAGUGUUUUAGAUUCUAAAGACUGGAAUAAGAUUAGAAUUAUCCCUGUGUUUUUGAGAUACAGCUGUGAAUAUCUAGAAUACGCUUCAAACAUUAAGUAUAUCUGUAUCAAAUAUUUUUGUAAUUGCUUCGGAAAUGACGCUGACAAUGUAUGUAUUAUUUUGGAGGUAACAGAAAAAAUUUUGGUUGCGGGUUUUCAGUUGACAUUUGAAGAUUUCAUUAAAUCCUGAAUUCCAACAGGUGUUGAAAUAAUUCAACAUAGACUCAUCAGGCUAUUAAAUAAAAUAGUUAUAAUGAUGACUGUUAGUCAGACAAAAAAAACAUUACUCUGACUUAAAGAUGCUAUGUCCCUUACAGUUUACGCUGUUUUUCACAAAAAUGCAUAAAACGGUAUAGAAAUAUAUCUUAACCCUUUCAACCCUAAGAAACUUGAGUAGACUCUACCAUUCUUUCAUAAUUUGAAGUCCAAUAUGGUCAGUAGGGGUGAAAGGGUUAAUGAGAAAUGGUGAAAAAACAAAAAAAAACACAUCCUCAUAAUGAUUGCUUAUAUGGCAAAGAUGUAGAAAGUUACAUUAAAAAAUAAAUAGAGCAGGACUGCUAUAGAAUUUCUACAUUAAAAAAUAAAUAGAGCAGGACCUCGAUAGAAUUUCUACAUUAAAAAAUAAAUAGAGCAGGACCUCGAUAGAAUUUCUACAUUAAAAAAUAAAUAGAGCAGGACCGGGAUAGAAUUUCUUCAGGCUGUAAUUUCUAUAAUCAUUCAAUCCAUUUCAAAUCUUUUUUUUUAUAUUUUAAAGAUAAUUUAGAAGCUCAAACUUUAGGAGGGCGGUAAUAAUUGAUGUAAAGUAUGUAUGUAUCAAAAUAUACAACAGCUUGUUCUUGUCUUCAAUCGAUCAUAAAGAUUAUCAGUGAUGUAGCUCUUUAAGCAGAUUAUGUUAAGUUAUUUACACUCACAGAAUAUAUAUUAGAAUAUGUUUGCUACAACAACAGAGUGAGGAUAUUCUAUAUCAAUGCAGUAAACAAUUACCUAGUAUACAAAAUUUGCUGAGGCGUUUUCAAGUUGUUUAAAUAUCAUUUUGAAAAAAAACAACAUUUUUUUUAAUAGCCACAAGAAAUUUUACUUAUUUUUUGGACUUCAACAUCGCUUUGCCCUUUUUGAAAAUGAAAAUUUUUACCUUGGUAGGAUAUUAAGAAUUAUUUUGAAUACAAUUGAGUUUUGAAAGGAUCAGGUCCAAACAACAAGUAAUUAACUGUGGCCCAUCUCUAUGAUGGUGUGAUAGGUUCUAGUAGAGUAGUGAGUGGUGGGCAAUUUUUUUGUUAUUUAAGGCUUUACAUUUGGAGUUAACCGGCAAGGUACAUUUCACUCUCAAACAUCACACUGUGGCUGUCCCAUAGCACCAGUGAAACAUGCUGAAGAAUCAAAUAGGUUCGAGUUCAAAAACGUCAGACAUGCUUUAUCAAGGCCCAGAUUUUAUAGUCUGUCAUAUUGCGAGACACAUUAUCAGGGCCGAAAUUGAACAUUUGAGGUAUACAAUAUAUGUAUACCAAAGUUUCAGGUUUUAUCAUAUUGUCAGUAUGCCAUGUCAGGGCACAGAUUUAAUAGUGUCAGUAGUAUGCCUUGUCAGGGCCCAGAUUUGAUAUUGUCAGAAGUAUGCCUUGUCAGGGCCCAGAUUUGAUAUUGUCAGAAGUAUGCCUUGUCAGGGCCCAGAUUUGAUAUUGUCAGAAGUAUGCCUUGUCAGGGCCCAAAUUUGACAUCAGUUUUUAAUUUGUUCCAGGUGAACGCUUUUAAUUCAUGCAUUUUAUAGGGGUCUGUAUUUGGCCAGAAUUUAUAUACCUUUGCAUGAAAUACUCUAAAAGGCUAUGUUGUUUUAUUUUUCCCCAUGAAAUUUUAUACCAACAAAACAAAACAAUGUUGUGAUAUACCUAAGGGAUGUCUGCCUCUCCAUGGUAACAUCCCGAUACUUGUUUUGGACAACCACUACUUUCUUUCUCAGCCGGAUACAAUUGGACUAUUUCUGGGCCAGAUCUGGUAUAAAGACUACCCCUGGGCCUUGUCUGGUAUAGUGGGACUAUAUUUCUGGACCUUGUCAGAAAAAGUCCAGUAUAUCGGACUUGGGCCAGAAAUAGUCAAGUAUACUGUUUACUGGACAAUUUCUGAACCUGGUCUGGUAUACUUGUCAAUUUCUGAGCCUGGUAUACUUGUCAGUUUCUGAGCCUGGUAUACUGGUCAGUUUCUGAGCCUGGUAUACUGGUCAGUUUCUGAGCCUGGUAUACUUGUCAGUUUCUGAGUCUGGUAUACUGGACAAUUUCUGAGCCUGGUAUACUGGACAAUUUCUGAGCCUGGUAUACUGGUCAGUCUCUGAGCCUGGUAUACUGGUCAGUUUCUGAGUCUUGUAUACUGGUCAGUUUCUGUGCCUGGUAAACUUGACAAUUUCUGAGUCUGGUCAGGUAUACUGGUCAGUUUCUGAGCCUGGUAUACUGGACAAUUUCUGAGCCUGGUAUACUGGUCAGUCUCUGAGCCUGGUAUACUGGUCAGUUUCUGAGUCUGGUAUACUAGACAAUUUCUGAGUCUGGUAAACUGGACGAUUCCUUAGCCUGGUAAACUGGACAAUUUCUGAGUCUGGUAUACUGGUCAGUUUCUGAGUCUGGUAUACUGGUCAGUUUCUGAGCCUGGUAUACUGGUCAGUUUCUGAGCCUGGUAUACUGGUCAGUUUCUGAGCCUGGUAUACUGGUCAGUUUCUGAGUCUUGUAUACUUGACAAUUUCUGAGUCUGGUAAACUGGACAAUUUCUGAGCCUGGUAUACUGGACAAUUUCUGAGCCUGGUAUACUGGUCAGUCUCUGAGCCUGGUAUACUGGUCAGUUUCUGAGUCUUGUAUACUGGUCAGUUUCUGUGCCUGGUAAACUUGACAAUUUCUGAGUCUGGUCAGGUAUACUGGUCAGUUUCUGAGCCUGGUAUACUGGACAAUUUCUGAGUCUGGUAUACUGGUCAGUUUCUGAGCCUGGUAAAUUGGACAAUUUCUGAGCCUGGUAUACUGGUCAGUUUCUGAGCCUGGUAUACUGGUCAGUUUCUGAGCCUGGUAAAUUGGACAAUUUCUGAGCCUGGUAUACUGGUCAGUUACUGAGCCUGGUCUGGUAGCGUACAGUGGGACAUUAACUGUUUGUAUAACAAUAAUGUAUCUUGCCUUUCUGUAUUGUCAUUAAACUAUAUAGUCACA